AUGGAAUUUCCCGGGACAAAGUUACGAAUAGGACAAGUGAUUUUUCCUCUUAUUCUUCUACUUACAAUAGCUCCAAUCAUUUAUCUUCUUUUUGGUUAUCCUCUCUAUUACUCACCAUCAUCAAUUUACAAACAUGUAUCGAAUUCACCAUCGAAAAACUCUUUUCCAUCGCUUUCUUCAUCUAGUUCAUCACAACUAGUGUCAUCAUCAACGGAUCAUAACAAGACAUUACCAUCAUUGUACGACAAUAACAAUGAUUAUGACGACACAUAUCAUGUUUCUAAGCCCUCAUCAUCUUUGCAUACUGAGUACAACCAACAUUCCAUAUCAUCAUCAUCGUCGAAUGUUGAUGAUGAUCAUCAAGAAACUGAUCAUAAACCGAAGAGAUCAUGCGAUCUAUUCUCCGGCGAGUGGGUCCCAAACCCUGAAGCUCCGUACUACACAAACACGACAUGCUGGGCGAUACACGAGCAUCAAAACUGCAUGAAGUUUGGGAGACCUGAUUUAGGUUUCAUGAAAUGGAGAUGGAAACCAAGUGGGUGUGAUCUCCCUUUGUUUGAUCCUAUCGAGUUUCUCGAGUUGCUUAGAGGCAAAAGCAUGGCCUUUGUUGGUGACUCCGUUAGCAGAAACCAUGUCCAGUCUUUGAUCUGCCUACUCUCUAGGGUGGAAUAUCCCGAGGACGACUCAAGACAACAAGACUUUAACUUCCAAAGAUGGAAAUACAAAACGUACAACCUAACAAUUGCCACAUUUUGGACAACCCAUUUGGUUCGGUCCGAAGAAACCGGUCCGGGCGGUCCGAAUUCAUUCUACAAUCUCUACCUCGAUGAACCGGAUCCUUCUUGGGCUUCCCAAAUCGUUGAGUUCGAUUACCUCAUCAUUUCCUCCGGGCAAUGGUUUUUUCGACCACUCUUUCUUUUUGACAAACAAAAAACGAUAGGCUGCUUGUAUUGUUACAUUCCCGGAGUCAGAAAUGUCGGGGCACAUUUCGCGUAUAGAAGAGCUUUAAGAACAACAUUUAAGACAAUCAAAGGGUUAGAGAAUUUUAAAGGACAAGUGUUUCUAAGGACAUUUGCACCUUCGCAUUUUGAGGAUGGAGAAUGGGAUAAAGGUGGAAAUUGCUUGAAAACGCGACCAUACAGGAGCAAUGAGACAGAGUUAGAAGGUAUGAAUCUAGAGACACACAACAUUCAACUAGAUGAAUUUCGCAUUGCGAAAAGAGACAAAAACAAAAGUAACGGAUUAAAAUUGAGAUUACUAGAUGUAACAAAACUAAUGUUGUUAAGGCCAGAUGGACAUCCGAGCAGAUUUGGGCAUAAACGUGAAGAUAAAGUUAUACUAUACAAUGAUUGUGUACAUUGGUGUUUACCAGGCCCGAUUGAUUCAUGGAAUGAUUUUUUACUCGAGAUGUUGAGACGUAAAUGA